AUGUUAUCUAGAAAUAUUACUCUACAAAGUAGAUUACUCUCUAGUUCCAUAUUAAACACAAAUACUAAUAUUGAUAUUGCUGUUAUUGGUGGAGGUAUUAUUGGUUCUGCCACAGCAAGAAAAUUAAAAUUAGACAAACCACAUUUAAAAAUAGCACUUUAUGAGAAAGAAUCAACACUUGCCAAACAUCAAACUGGUCACAAUAGUGGAGUCCUUCAUGCUGGUAUUUAUUAUAAACCUGGAACAUUAAAAGCUAAACUUUGUGUUGAGGGAAUUGAUCUUGCCUAUAAAUAUUGUGAUGAAAAAAAUAUUCCUUAUAAAAAAGUUGGAAAAUUAAUUGUUGCUGUGGAACCUCAUGAAAUAUCUAUUUUAGAUGAUUUAUAUAAAAGAGCACAAAAAAAUAAUUGUAAAAAUAUUGAAUUAAUUGAUGGUAACAAGAUAAGAGAAAUUGAAAAUAAUUGUAGGGGAUUAAAAGCUAUAUGGUCACCAUAUACAGGAAUUGUUGAUUUUGGUGUUGUCUCUAGACAAUAUGCCAAAGAUUUUGAAGAAGCUGGUGGUGUUAUUAAUCUUAAUCACGAACUUUGUGAUGUUUAUUUAGGUAGUAAUCCUGAGUAUCCAGUUAAUUUAAAAUUUAAAAAUACUUCUACAGUUGUAGAGGCAAAAUAUAUUAUAACUGCUGGUGGAUUAUAUUCUGAUCGUGUUGCUCAGAUGACUGGAUGUUCAUCAAUACCAAAAAUUUUACCAUUUAGGGGAGAAUAUUUAAAAUUAAAAAAAGAAAAAAGUGAUAUGGUAAAGACAAAUAUUUAUCCUGUUCCUGAUCCAAGAUUUCCAUUUUUAGGAGUUCAUUUUACACCACGAAUGAAUGGAGAUAUUUGGCUUGGACCAAAUGCUGUAUUAGCAUAUAAGAGAGAAGGAUAUCGUUAUACAGAUAUUUCAGUAAAAGAUUUAAUUGAUUCUUUAGCUUUUAAAGGAAUGCAAAAAUUAAUUUUUAAAUAUUUUACAUUUGGAAUUAGUGAAAUGUAUAAAGGUAUUGUUAAAAAUGCUCAAGUUAAACAACUUCAAAGAUUUGUUCCAUCUCUUAAAGUAUCUGAUGUAGAAUAUGGUUCAGCAGGUGUUAGAGCUCAAGCUCUUGAUGAAGAUGGAAAUUUAGUAGAUGAUUUUAUAUUUGAUGGAGGUGUUGGAAAAGUUGCUGAACGUGUUUUACAUGUUCGUAAUGCACCUAGUCCAGCAGCAACAAGUAGUUUAGCUAUAGCAAAUAUAGUAACAGAAAAAGCUAUUGAAAAAUUUAAAUUGUAA